AUGCCUCCUCGAAAUCGCGACUUACACCCAGGUCGGUUCGACAUUGUUUUAUACGGAGUCAAACAGUCUGCACUCAGCAGUCGAUAUACUCGUCCUCAUCUAAAGAAAAUCUCAAAUAUUGAUGCUCACUUGGUCCGUAACAAAGGGAAUCUAUAUUUCGAAAACAAUAUUGCCCGACAUAUGGGAGGCAACCCGGCUGCAUUAUUUAACAUCCGUACAAGACGCAUUAUCACCAUCAGUUACGAAUACACAUUCUAUAACCAAUUUGAUGCUGGGUUCCGCCGUACCGAGGUAAAAGACAUCGACUGGGAUGCGUUUUUGGAAGAUACUUUCGAUUCCUUAUUCGAAGAUCAGGACGAUAUUUGGCAAAUGGUCUAUUUUCGACCAAAGGUUGACUUUGCAUGGUUCCUCAAGGCACCAUAUCGUUUCUUAGAAUCGGUGGUGUGUGCCCUGGCGGGGUGGAGUCCGGUUCUAUAUCUAGAAGACUUACUAGAUGGCUACUAUUUGACUACUUGGAAAUCUCGGAUGAAAUAUGCAUGGAUGCGGGGGAAAAAAGAAGUAGAGAACAUGAUGCGAUGGAUGGAUGGAAAAGAGAGGAUGGAAAGAAGACCGAGACUAAAACCGAGCCCUGAAAUACCGAAGUGGCAUUUUAUGAGCGAUGAUCAGCAAACUUGGUUGAAACCAUCUUUCCCAGAGCAGCCGGAACCUGUAGUCGAAGCCCAACCCGGGUUUACAGUCAUACCGACCUCACCCGAGAUACCUGACUGGUUUGCGGACAAAAAUCGACUAUCUCCGAUCCAAGAAGAACUGGAACCGCUUAGCCCCAUAUGGAGAGGAUUCGGGAUCGAUAUCCCUCAAAGGAAUACUAUGUAA